AUGAUUAUGUUUCUCUGUUCAUUUAUAGGCAAUACUGUACCUGCAUUCUCUGUGUCCUUGGACUAUGGAAAUAUCAAACAAUAUCACAGAAUUUUUCUUGCUGGGACUGUCACAGAAUACAGAAAUACAGAGAGUUCUUUUUGUGGUCUUCUUGGUCACUUAUGUGGUCACAGUUUGUGGCAACAUGCUCAUUGUGGAUAUCACCUCCAGCCCCACCCUGAAUUCCCCCAUGUAUUUUUUCUUGGCCAACCUGUCCUUUAUAGACACCUGCUAUUCUUCUUCAAUGGCCCCUAAACUCAUCGCUGACUCCUUGUAUGAGGGAAGAACCAUCUCUUAUGAGGGUUGCAUGGCUCAGCUCUUUGGAGCCCAUUUUUUUGGAGGUACUGAGAUCAUUCUGCUCACGGUGAUGGCCUAUGAUCGUUACAUGGCCAUCUGCAAGCCCCUGCACUACCCAGUUAUCAUGACCAGGCAUCUCUGUGCCCUGCUGGUGGGAGUGGCCUGGCUUGGGGGCUUCCUAGAAAAAUUGGUUCAGCUCCUCCUGGUCCUUCAGUUGCCCUUCUGUGGGCCCAACAUAAUUAAUCACUUUGUCUGUGACUUGUACCCUUUGCUGGAACUUGCCUGCACUAACACAUACGUCACCAGUCUGCUGGUGGUUGCCAACAGUGGUGCGAUCUGCCUGGUGAAUUUCCUCAUGCUGGCCGCCUCCUAUAUUGUCAUCCUGUGCUCCUUGAGGUCCCACAGUGCAGAGGGGAGACACAAGGCCCUCUCCACCUGUGGGGCCCACUUCACUGUUGUAGCGCUGUUCUUUGUGCCCUGUGUUUUUACUUAUGUGCGUCCUUCAUUUACCUUACCGAUAGACAAAAACAUGGCAGUGUUUUAUGGUAUUCUGACACCUAUGUUGAAUCCACUCAUUUAUACCCUGAGAAAUGACGAGGUAAAAAGUGCCAUGAAAAAGCUCUUCACAUAG